GGAAUCAGGCUUUGGAACUGACCUUCAGAGCUCCACUCUCUCCAGCACCAUGUCUUACAGCUGCUUCCUGCCCAGCCUGAGCUGCCGAUCCACCUGCUCCUCCCGGCCCUGCGUGCCCCCCAGCUGCCACGGCUGCACCCUGCCCGGGGCCUGCAACAUCCCUGCCAAUGUGGGCAGCUGUAGCUGGUUCUGUGAGGGCUCCUUCAAUGGCAACGAGAAGGAGACCAUGCAGUUCCUGAACGACCGCCUGGCCAGCUACCUGGAGAAGGUGCGCCAGCUGGAGCGGGAGAACGCGGAGCUGGAGAGCCGCAUCCGGGAGCGGUGCCAGCAGCAGGAGCCCGAAGUGUGCCCCAACUACCAGUCCUACUUCCGCACCAUCGAGGAGCUCCAGCAGAAGAUCCUGGUCAGCAAGUCUGAGAACGCCAGGCUGGUGGUGCAGGUUGACAACGCCAAGCUGGCCGCAGAUGACUUCAGAACCAAGUAUCAGACGGAGCUGGGCCUGCGGCAGCUGGUGGAGUCGGACAUCAACGGCCUGCGCAGGAUCCUGGACGAGCUGACCCUGUGCAGGUCUGACCUGGAGACCCAGGUGGAGUCCCUGAAGGAGGAGCUCAUCUCCCUCAAGCAGAACCAUGAGCAGGAAGUCAACUCCCUGCGUAGCCGGCUUGGAGACCGCCUCAACGUGGAGGUGGACGCGGCCCCCACCGUGGACCUGAACCGCGUGCUCAAUGAGACCAGGAGUCAAUAUGAGGCCCUGGUGGAGACCAACCGCAGGGACGUGGAGGAAUGGUUCAUCAAGCAGACCGAGGAGCUGAACAGGCAGGUGGUGUCCAGCUCAGAGCAGCUGCAGUCCUACCAGGCGGAGAUCAUCGAGCUGAGACGCACGGUCAACGCCCUGGAGAUCGAGCUGCAGGCCCAGCACAACCUGAGAGACUCUCUGGAGAACACGCUGACGGAGACAGAGGCGCGCUACAGCUCCCAGCUGUCCCAGGUGCAGGGCCUGAUCACCAACGUGGAGUCCCAGCUGGCCGAGAUCAGGAGCGACCUUGAGCGUCAGAACCAGGAGUACCAGGUGCUGCUGGACGUGCGGGCCCGGCUGGAGAGCGAGAUCAACACGUACCGGGGCCUGCUGGAGAGCGAGGACUGCAAGCUGCCCUCCAACCCCUGCGCCACGACCAACGCCGGUGACAGGUCCUGCAUCACCAAUCCCUGCACCCCUUGUGUCCCACGCCCCCGCUGUGGGCCCUGCAACACCUUUGGGUGCUAGAUAUCCUGGGGCCAGCAGGAGGGUUGCGUGAAGACAGAAGGGACGUCGAUGGACCAGCUCUGCUUCUCUGACAACCAUCAGCCGCAGGACCCACCCCAGGCAUCACCAUAAAUGAUAGUCUGGAAGGAGAACAAAUGCCCAGGGUGUGGCCCGGCUCUGAGCCUAGGCCCGCCUGCUCCUCUUCAUUCAGGGCCACUCUCUUGUAGUUAUUCUGCGACCUGAUGGUCUGACGGGUUUGGGCUGUGAAGGUGUCAUAUGAGGUGUUUUGUGGUUCUCUCUGCUGCUUUCUUCUAGUUCCAUAAAUCCCUUUGUAAGUCUUCUAAUAAACUUUCCUCUUGCAAAGCA